UAUAUAUAUACACUUAAAAUCGAAGGGUUUCAAAAUCCAGAGGAGUUCAUCAUCAUCGACUUAAACCUCAUCCAAAUCUUGAAAAAAUGGAUCCAAUUCUUUCAGCUGCGGUGCUCUCGGUUCUUCUCGGAGCAGUGAUCGCAAUUAUUCUGUUCGGGAACUACUUCCGCAAUAGAAAAUCAGAAGUUGAAUCAAUCGCACCACCAGAGGCUCUUCAACCCAAUCAUAAGCCUCCCAAACCCACCUCCAAGAAAUCUCACUCCAAGCCUCACUCUCAUGCCGCAGAUAAGGAUGCAAUCAAGAGACAUCAUCCAUUGGAUGUGAAUACUUUGAAAGGUCAUGGUGAUUCUGUCACAGGGCUCUCUUUUUCCUCUGACGGACGUAAUUUGGCAACUGCUUGUAGUGAUGGAGUGGUCAGAGUAUUUAAGUUGGAUGAUGCUUCGAGUAAAAGCUUUAAGUUUCUGAGAAUUAAUUUACCUGCUGGAUGUCAUCCGACAGCAAUUGCAUUUUCUGAUGACUCUCUAGUUGUGGCUACCCAAACUCUUUAUGGUUCUUCUUUAUAUAUGUAUGGAGAAGGAAACCCCAAAUCUGCUGACGAAACUAAGAAGCAACCCAAGCUUCCUCUCCCAGAAAUCAAAUGGGAACAUCAUAAAGUCCAUGAUAAAAAGGCUAUUAUCACCCUAGUUGGAACUAAGGCAACUUACGGCAGUGCUGAUGGGAGUACAGUUAUUGCCUCAUGCUCGGAAGGGACUGAUAUCAUAGUUUGGCAUGGGAAAACUGGGAAAGUCUUGGGAAAUGUUGACAGUAAUCAGCUCAAAAACAACAUGGCCACCAUAUCUCCAAAUGGGCGUUUUAUUGCUGCUGCAGCUUUUACCGCUGAUGUGAAGGUGUGGGAGAUUGUAUACUCAAAAGAUGCUUCAGUCAAGGAGGUUUCUAAAGUUAUGCAGCUCAAGGGACAUAAGAGUGCUGUGACUUGGUUGUGCUUUGCUCCUAGUUCGGAACAAAUAAUUACAGCAUCCAAGGAUGGUUCAAUAAGAAUAUGGAACAUCAAUGUUCGAUACCAUCUUGAUGAGGACCCCAAAACUUUAAAGGUGUUCCCUAUUCCACUUCAUGAUUCAAGUGGCAUUACUUUGCAAUAUGAUCGUCUCAGUCUUUCACCUGAUGGAAGGAUAUUGGCAGCCACUCAUGGUUCAACAUUACAGUGGUUAAGUGCUGAAACUGGGCAGGUUUUGGACACAGCUGAGAAAGCACAUGACGGUGACAUUACAGAUAUGGCAUGGGCACCUAAGAAAAUUCCAAUUGGAGAAAAACAAGCUUUGAUUUUGGCCACAUCAAGUGUUGACAAGAAAGUGAAGUUGUGGGUGGCACCACCACUGUGACCAUCACAAGGGAAAACCCAUAAGCAUGUUGCUCAACUGUUUGCAGGAAGCUAGUGUACUGAUAGUGUCAUUGAAAUGUCUUUGAUAUGCUUCCAGAAAAUUUCAGCCUUUAACAUCAUCACAGGUUCAACCUUUCAACCACUUCAUCUGUAAGAGGCGCAUACCGUCUGGAUAGAAGUCAAAAUACAGAACAUUUUUGGUCCUUUAACUUACAUAGCUUAAUCUCACCAAGAGCUUGAGCCUCUCUCUCUCUCUCUCUCUCUCUUGGUUGAUUUAGGUCCUUGAAUGCUUCUAGUUUUAAUAAUUCUGCUUUGCUAACAACUUUCGCAUACAUAAUUAUGAAAUCGACUAUUUUAUUUUCCCUA